CCUUUUCCAUCGCCAUAUUGGCCACUCAGAUGACUUGCCUGUUUUUCUUCGCUCUUACUACGAGACUAAACUGACAGGACAGCCCUGUUCAGCUGCACUUUGUUUUCAAGCUCAGUGAUUACUAGGCGACUGCACGCAUUGCCACACUGGAUGUAGUUUGCCAGUCUCGUAUAUAAUUUGGCCAUGCACGCAUUGGCCUUAAUGUGGGCUUUAAACGGUUACUGUGGCAAUAAGUGUUGGUAGUCUCCGACGUUAUUGGUUACAUAAAUUGACGUUUCGGACAUUUUCAUAUGUGGAAAAUGUCAAAUGUUCGUCUUUCUAAUGGAAGUCCAACGCUGGAAAGGGUGGAUUCUAGGUCGACUGAUCACACCAAGGCCCCCGUCUGCAGAAAUCUUUUCGGAACUGUUGAUCACGAAGAGUUUAUGAAGGAUUGUAAGGAGCAAAUGCAAGAGAUGGCAAGAGCAUCCACUGAGACAUGGAAUUUUGAUUUCUCCAAUAAUGAACCUCUGCCUGAUGGGAAAUUCGAGUGGAGCGAGGUAGAUAGCAGAGCUGUUCCCGAAUUUUACACCAGACCUCCCCGUAUACGUGCAGAUUCCCCGGACAACGUAGAUCAUAACGGGAAUCAUGACUUAAAUACUACAUUUCCGACUCCGUGUGCGAGUGGAGGAGGGCGCUCCGAGGACACCGACGCUGACCAGAGUCAACAAGGGUUUUCAGAGCCGCGUAACCCAUCACGGAAACGACAUGCAAGUCAAGAAACUGCGUGUCGAAGUAAAAGAGCCAACACAAGUUCCAGUGAAGUCAGCCGUAGUCGAGACAAGACGGAUUUUGUAGAACAGACGCCUAACAAAUCUGGUCCAGGAUCUAACCAUGAACGUUAGCUUUCAAAGAACUAACAAUUCCUACCUUUUCCAUAAAACACUUUUGGUGCUUGAAGAAGCAAUGGGGAACUGCAGUGGGAAAAGACACCAAGCCCUACCUGAAGUUGGGAGGGCUUGUAUAAGCACUGAUUUUUUACACUAAAGUUUUAGCACUCAAAGGAAUACAUUUGCCUCAAAAGCAAACGAUGUAGCAGUGUGCAAUUGGAUUCUGUCCUCUCUUGCUCAGUUUUUUUUUUACUACCUAUGUAUAAAUAUUUGUUUUAUAUGUAGCACAUACAGAUGUAAAAUUGUGUAAUUGUAAUAUUAUAAAUUUUUAUUACAGUGUGUGUGACUUGAAGAAUUGCAGUGCAGUUUUAAAAUGUCUCCCCAAAUUGCUGUUUUGGUCCUUCCAAAGGAGGGUUCUCCUGUUCAGGUAAUUAUUAGUUAGAUGUAUAUUGACAUCAGGGUUGAAAUAUUUUAAAUCAAAAAGUGCCUAUUUCAUGAGUUUAAGUGCAGUGAUUAAGAAAAUGGAGAGGGUUGCAAUUUUUAAGUAGGUAAUAAGAUAGGGUUUGGGGGGCCAAAACCCUCCGGUUACAUUGCCUAGCUCAAGAAAAAAAAAUUGUUUACGUAUAAAUUAUGGUUGGUGGCUAAAAGGACUUUAUUUGGGGUUAAAUAUGACUGUGAGCGAAUGAUGUUCUGCCAAAGCUUCAACACAUUGGAAAGGUGGGGUGGGGUGGGCUGGGUGUUCAAGGGUGGUGUGAGGUUAUAUUCUAUGGUAUAACUGAUAUAGAAUAUAGCAGUAUUAAAUCACUGGGAUAUCCCACUAAAUGUAUUUUGUGCCAGUUAUAUUAUUCUAUUAGUUUUAUCUAGAAGGCAAAAUCCUACACAGAAUCCUACUGAGCACUUAUCACAUAACUUAUGUGUACAUUCAACAAAAUAAAUAAAACUCAUCUUCAUAUCAUGCAUUAAUCACAAUAUAGAAUGAUAUUGGCUUUUAACACUGGGUUGUACAUUUUCAAGCCGCAUUAAUGCAAAGAUAUGUCAUUGUUAUCACAUUCAUGGGUAUUUGUGUUGAUAAUGUCAUGGCACUAUGAUCGGAGAAGAUAUAUAUAUAUAUAUAUAUAUAUAUAUAUAUAUAUAUAUACACACAUACAUACAUACAUACAUACACACAUACAUACAUACAUACAUGCAUACAUAUUUGAGGGGAGAGAAGACGUUACACUGCUUUUGUUUGUGUACAACUUUGAAGUUUAUUUGUAUAUAUUACUAUGUAAGGAAACACUGAGGAAAUGAUACUAACUUAUUUAUGUUAGGCUUAUGUUGUUUAUGACUAUCCAAAGUGGCAUUUGUGCAUUUUUUUUUUAUAAAUUCAUAAUUCUCAGAUUAAAAAUUUGCAAACUGAGCCUACUUUUAAAAAUGUGGAUUUUUGUAUUGCAUGUUUGAAAAAUAUUAAAAGAAUAUAAGAAUA